GUAAACAUCUAUUAAACUAUGGUAUGUAAGAAAACAAUGGCAACUCUUCCACCCACCGGUAUGUAAAAGUUGUGAAUUUAUUUCAGCUGGAAACAGAAGUGAAACCGCAAGCCUAUAUUUAGCCUACAGAAUACCCAAAAUUGAAACUCUUAACAGUUUAACUUUAUUGGAACGGUUUCUACCUGUCAACAUCUGUUGAUUGACAGUGGAAAUCACAGAUCUUACAGUUAUACAAACCACAGUAUAUUCUCACACAUAUGCAGGACAGUGCCAGUUUAAUUGAUUGUUAUUAUGUUGCUAUAAUAACACGUUUCAGUAGGAUAGCAUACAAUUGUACAUAAAAAUAGCAGUAUAAAAAGUAGCUGUAUAAAAAUAUUUGUCUGACAUGGCUUUUAACCAGUAUGUGAGUCUGAUAUCAGGCCCAGCAUCCUAAUUUUGGCCCAGGAAUGCUCCUUUCAGGUAAAAAUCAGUAUAAAAAAAAAGAAAAAACGAUCAUUCAGCAUUUUAAAGUUCCCUUUGAAAUCUAUAAAGGGUAGCUAUUUUUCUAAACUUAGAAUCAGUCAAAUGAGACAACAAAGUGAAACUUACUUAUUUACAUCUGUAAACAUUUCAGAAUUUUUACCCUAAAUACUUUGUGCAUAUGUUGAUGUUGUUCAGGGCAAGCAGAGAUAGCAGAAGCAGGCUUGACCAGCUGGACACCGAGGUAUCAGAGGUGACCAGUCUGCUGAGGAACAAUGUGGAGAAGGUGAUGGACAGAGGCGAGAGGCUGGACAGUCUGCAGGAGCGCUCAGAGGAUCUACAUGCUAAUUCAGUGAGAUUUAACAACUCCUCCAGGCAUCUGAAGCGCAAGAUGUGCUGUAAGAAUGUCAAGAUGACAAUCUGCCUCAUCGUCAUUGUUGUCGUCGUCAUUGCAGCCAUCACAUUAAUUAUUCUGUUAUCAGUGAAGCCAUGGAACCAUGACAAACCACAUGGUAACAGCACAGUUCACAGUCCAUCUCACAGAUUCACCGUAGGUGACUCAGGAUAGAUGCUCUUUUACCUAUGCUACCGUAUGUACUCUCCAACUAUGGGAUAGUGAUACAUCACAGUUCAUAUCACAGAAUCAAUGAAGGUGGCUCAGGCCUCUGUACUUAUAUCCACACUACAUUAUAUACUGUUCCUACUAUGGGAUAAUGAUACAUGACAAACCACAUGAUAACUACACAAUUUACAGCUCACCACACAGAAUCACAGAUGGUGCCACGAGAUGGUUCUACCUUUCACUAUUCACUUGGUAAUCAUAUACUGGUAGAGUUUCACUUUUUUCUUUGGAAUCAAGACAGAUCAGCAUAUUUAUUAAUGUUUGUGUGUUUUUUGGAAACAUUUUGUAGCCAAUUUCCGUUAAAGAUUUUUAUGUCAUUUGAAAUUCUAAAAUGAUAUGCAUUUAAACUUUAGGCUGUUACAUUUUAUGCUGUUCAAUACAGGUACAUUAACAGUUUUAAUAGGGUAGCAGAAUAUAGCUCAGUGAGUAAGGCGUGCGACUCCCAACCAUGAGGCACACAAGGGUGAGUUCAUUUCCGGCCUCAGGGAAUUUGUCCCCUUACAUUUACUGAAGGCCAUUUGUCAGCCACAAAUAUGGUUUGCAAGUCUGUAUACAUCACUCGUGGGAAAGUUGAUCAGCAACUUGCCAAAUGUCGAUGGUUUAAUCCAGCCACUUCGGUUUCCCUCAAGAAGUGCAAAAUUCAGGAGUAUGUCAUUGCAGAAUGAGAGAUUGCCAGAAUUUUUAAAAAUAGUUUCAUCACAAUUAUCUCAGAUGGAAACGUGAUUUUGCACAUAAGCAGAAACUUUAAUCUGCAGGCUACAUCUACAUAUAUUGAAUCUACAUAUAGUAAACACAGAGAUAUUUUUUAAUUGAUGGACAUGCCUGUUUACUUUUUGACAUGAUAAUGCAUCCUAAUGCACAUUAUAGUGUCAUGGGUCAGAGAUGUAGUAUGAUAUUUCUAAAAAUUGCUUCAUUAACCAAUGCUUGGUUUACAACAUGUGGGAACAUAUUUUUUGAAGUAUCACUAAUUUAACAUAAAGUUUUAUUUGUGUAUGUGUUUCUUAAAUGAAAUUAUAUUGUUCUUGUGAAAAAUUAUGUAUAUAGUGCUCUCUGCCUCAAGGUAAAGGUCAUUUGGCUGGCCACAAUUUUUAAAUUAUGAGGCGACACUAUGUUUGAAAUAUGAACCUUCAUUGUACCGAUGUGCAGUAGGUAUCCUUUGAUGUUAUUCACCUAGGUAAUCUAGAUCCACUGUCAAGUCAUCAUGCGUUAUUUGGAUGUUUGCUAAGUUCUUGUGAUAUUUUUACACAUAGUGUAGGCAUGGAGGAGGUAUCGGCUAUAUUUGAAAUCAAAAUAUAUCUUGUUUAAAAAGAAAUGUCUAAAUACAUACUGUUUUCAAGAAAAAAGAUAAAUAAACAAAAAAAUAAAACAAAAAGAAAAACCAUCAAAUUGAAAAAUGUAAAAACAACUACUCUGAUUUAAUGUUCAAUAUAUCACUGUCCUUUUGUACAGUCUGCACAUGACCAGUUUGAGUUUUAAAAUGCAUAUCAUCAGGGCACAGUCUCACAAGCUGUUAUAGACUACUUGUAUUUUUACUGCUUCUAGACAAAUGUGAUACACAGAGGGGCCUAGUUACAGUUAACUCCGUAGUCUUGGUAGGAUAGCUUGGUAGAACUGAGCCAAGUCCGUUGUCCAUUUCAUAAAUGUUUAUAUAAAAUUUUCAGUCUCUAUUUAUUUUAUCCAUUUUAUUAGUAGAUUAGUUUUCAUGUUUGUGAAUGUGUAAUCAUUGUGUGAUAACUGGUACCAAGUAAUUCAGGUAUUCUGCUCAGAAAACAUUUUAUAACAUUAUUUGUUGUUUCAUUGAUGUAAUGGAAGUUUACCAUUUUCAACCCUAAGAUUGGCUUUGAGAAAAGUGCUUAAGUGUAUUUCCUACUUUAAUCACUUAAAAUUCUUAACUGUGACUUUUGGAAUUUAGAUUUUGGAUUUUGUGAUUUAUCUCUUGCACUUUAUUAAAGUAAGAAAAAAAUCAGAAAAUGCUGAGGUAUUUUUUGUUUUUCACAUAUGUGUAUCACAGCCAUGUUUAAUAUUUAUGCUGUGAAAGCAAUGCUAACCCUUUGAGGCCUGAAAACUUUUAUCAAAACACAAAACUUUUCCUGUGCAGUUUGUUUUUGGGGCCCUUGAUGGCUCCAUCAGCUAAAGCUGUCACUACAUGGUUUGUUGUCACUACAUAGUUUGUAAAGUACAUCUACUGGUGAAGGCUGGUGAUUUAACCAAGGUAUUAACGGGUAGUUUUCUCUGUGGACAAACCUGCCUGCUGUUGUACAAGUAAAAACGUACGGAGUAUGAUGUGAAGCAUCUAUGAAAUUAGUUGAAUAUUAAACUUUUAAAUGAAAUUAUUAAAAUAUUAAACGAAAUUACCAAACUACUCACCCAUUUUGUAAGAGUUAUAAAAAAAAAAAUUGGUAGUUUGGUGAGUCUACUAUGAAAAGUUGUUUUAGGUUAGAUUGUUUUUUGUUUCACCUUAGCUUCAUGCAUUAAUAUGUCAGUAUGGACUUGUUAAACGUGGAAUUGUCUGAAAUGGUUAUCAUUGUAUAUGUUUAAUGCUGUCUUGGAACAUGACUGCUUAUUUUGUACGUGUAUAUGUGUUGUAAAGUGGUCAUAUGAUAUACUCAGUCGUGCAAAUAUUUGUAGGAUAUUUGUAAAAAUGGAACUCAGUUUUAAACAUCACCUAUUUGUACAAGAACCUAUUUUAUGAAAUAAAA